AUGGCACGGUUCCCAUGCAAAAGCCGCCUAACGUUUAAGCCGGCGCUUGGGGAUCGUACAUUGGCCGUCAAUCUGCAACAUAUAUACCAUACGCCAUAUACAGAUCGCCAGCUUUCUCCGGCAGUGGUCGAGUUCAUCCAGGCACGAAACGCUAUUGCUACUCCUGGGUGGCAAUCCGCAACUCCAUCUCAGGUCUAUUACCUAUGGCAACAAUCGAACUCAAGCAUAUGGCGUCGCGACCAAGAUCCUUUGGCUUCAGCCCAAAUUUUGCUAUCGGAGCACCAAGAAUGUACUUCAUCUUUGUAUUUUUCAGAGAAUUUACGUGCAAUAGCAUUCUACGUUUCGGAUGCUAUCCGUAUUCUGGCUUCUCGUGCGAAAGAAUUGGCUAUAGAUGCAACUUUUGGGACGAACAACAUGGGCAUGGACUUAUUUGCGGUCUUGGCGGAGGUUGAUGGCACAGGGGUGCCAUUAGCUUAUUGCUUUACGGAGCUCUUCAAGGACAACGAUCGAGGCGUUCGCCGUGCAAAGCCAGGGGCAUCGACGGGUAUUCUGGAACAAUUUUUACGACCACUUCAAACUUCUGGAUUUGAUCCGACCUUCUUUGGGACUGAUAAGGACAGGACGACAAUCCAGCUUUGUUGUUGGCACGCGCGGCGGGCCGGGGACUACAAACCCGAAGAAGCCCAAGCAGUGAUUCCGGACUUAGAAAUCUGCUGGGGUUCAAUGCCAACACGUCGUCCAAAUGGACCUCAUCGAUAUGGUCGAUGUACUUGCCCCUCGAAAUCAACGGAUAUUGUUUCCUCUGGUCGAGUAGAAACAUCAACCAGCGACGAACAGGAUACCGUCCUCGAGAUCUUUACUCGCCACUAUAAUUCCCACCCAUUCAUCCCCGAUCAAAAUGGUACUUUCCGAUCUGCAGAGGAAAUUCAUCGUCUCAGUGCUUCGGAAAUGUAUUAUUGGUGUAGGAAGCGGAAUUACUUUCGUUUAUGGGCCUAUCUUUGGGUCAAUUGGUAUCACUCAAGCCAAUGGGUUUUGUGGGCGAGAUCAGUCAAUGAGAAGGAAAUUCCGGUCCUCAAAACGACAAUGAUUGUUGAAUCGCAUUGGCGAAAAAUUAAACACGAUUACCUCCAUCCUCUCCUUCAACACGAUCAUCGACAAGCAACAGCAUCGUGGAGGAAGGACUUCAAAAGAGAAUGGAAAAAGCACUAUCACACCGACCCUGCACGAUGGACGUGUGCAUGCCCUUCUUUCUUAGACUCGCGUUUUUUACUCUGCAAACAUAUUCUCUCUUGUUAUGAGCCGGUUUCCGAUCGCGUUGACUUCUUUCGAUCUAUUCAAAGACGCCGAGAACCCCCGUUUUGGACUCAUGCACAGUUAGUUUUACAGCCUCAAUAUCAGCCAUUGCAAGCUGAUACUAAGGCUGAUGAAACAAACGAUGUUGACAUGGACGGCGCUGUUAGCAUUGACUCAGAUGAAGAUUUUGAUCCUGCAAUAGUUGAGCAGGAUCAACUGGUUGAGCUCGAAGAGGAAGGGGAGGACGUCGAAUUCGCUCUAGAUGUAUUUCGAGAACAACAAGCGAAAGGGAACGAGAAGUUCGUGCAAAAAUUCAUGGCGAUGUAUGGAUCGAUUGAGACUCUCGUCGAGGAAGUCAAGGCGCUUGAAAACCGACGCACAAUGCGUCGGACUUGGGAUACUUGGAAACACCCUUUAACAAUGUAUCAUAAUUGA